CUGGCAUAAUAUUUCGAGUCUUGUACAUUAUUCUAUGACCUUGGUUAAUAUUUUUUAGAGAUUUUAUGAUCCUGUUAUUACUCUGUGUCACUGUAGUGCGACACAAGUUUUGAUUGAAAGAUAAGGCCUUCAACGUGGUAGCAUUCCUGUCUAUGCAGGGUCAGAAAGCUUUUGGAUUCCAUCAAAAAUAUCUUAAUGAACAAUGAACGAAGGUCCUACGAGUUUGGAACGACAUGAGGCUUGUCUUAGAGGCUCACGGAGCACUGAAGCGACCUGAGCGCGGCGCGCGGGUGGAACAGGACGAGCUUCCCUUAAUUAACGGAGCGCUAGCCCUGCAGGAAUGCCAGCGAGGCGCUGCUCGGAGAAGGGAUGCUAUAGCCAACAUGCUAUGAGACAAACACAUGAAUAGAAGUUCAAAUGGCUGAUCUUAAAGUCCUCUUCUGUGGUCAAGACGCUGUCCAGACGGAUCACCUUGACUGGUCCCUAAAACACCAGCAAAGUCAUCACUCAGUGUGUGCAGAUGAAAGGGCUCUUUCCAAUGAAGAGUGCUGCCAGGCGUAUCUGGAGGAGAAUGUUAAUGAGGCGAACAGGCUUUCAGAACCAUGGACAGCGACUCUGCCAAUUGGACGGCUCUGCAAACUCAAUGAAUGGGGAUUUGAUGAAGAAGUUGAGGUAUGUUACGACGAGCAGUUUGAAACAGCUUUUCCUGGUGUGGCUGACUUUGCUGAGCAAAAAGACGGUCAGCUGUUAGCAGAGGAGACCAACUAUGACAACUUCAGUUGGAAUUCAUCCAAAGAUCUCCAAGAAGGCGCCCCAGAAUGCUCCCUGCUGUCAGUUGACGAUUUCAUGGUGGAUUCAUCGGAGAAGUCAGUGGAUUAUGGAUUUAUAGGUGCUGUUACUUUUUUAGUUACUGGGAUUUCCUUGGUUGUCAUCUCCUAUACGGUUCCACGUGACGUCAAGGUGAAUCCCGAUACCGUUUCUGCCCGGGAGAUGGAGCGCUUGGAGAGAGAGAACGCCCGGGUGGGCGCUCACCUGGACAGGUGUGUGAUUGCAGGACUGUGCCUCCUCACACUCGGAGGUGUGGUGCUGUCAACUUUGUUGAUGAUCUCCAUGUAUAAAGGGGAGAUGAUCAGGAGACAAGCAUUUGCUUACUCCAAGCACCAAGCCAGACUUUACGGCUCUAUGAAUUUUAGAAGUGGCGCGAGCCCAACAGGUGCUCCUUCGCUUUUGUCCCUUGAUGAAGAUGAAGGUCCUGUUGAAGUCUUAAGUUGAAGCUGAUUCAGCUUCUUACAAAAACAAUAGUUCAUGUAAUAACAUCUAAAUUUACUUCAAACCCAAGUCAAAUAAACGUGACUACAACUAAAGUAAUUUUAAGGGUCCAAUCAGGUUCAAAUUCUACACUUUUUGCUUUGGAUUUAAUGGACAAUUAAAUGUUACAUCUAUAAAAAAUGUAACACACUAACAUGGACUUGAGUCCUGUUUAUGUGAAAAAUAUAUAUGUGUGAGUCUGUGCAUUUUUGCAAAGCAUAUGUUCAUGUAAAUAUACAGCAUGCUUUACAAAUGCAGUUAUAUAAGCCUCAUUUUCUUUGGGCUUUUUAUUAUUAUAGGACCACUCAGCUACAUUGCCAAAUGUGCAUUUGUGUCGUUUUUAGCCAGUUGUCACAAUGGAAAAGAAAAAGACUUUUUUCUUUAUUUUAUUUAUUUAUUUGGGCUUGGUUUGGCAGUCUGUGUCUGACAGCUGACUUAAUCAUCAGUCAUUGUAUGAAAACCUCUCUCCAAUCAGGAGGGACAAAGAUUUAUUCCAAUGCCUCCGGAGCCAGUCAAAUCUAUAUAUCUGCAUUCGCAUUUGCAUUAAAAUGCACAGCUUUACAACAGCACAGGUAACAUGAAUGCACACCAGGGAGGUUUUGAACUAAUUUUUGUGAGCUUAGUUUAUUUAGAGAAUAUCUGUGCUUUUUAAUGCACAUGGGAUGUAGGAAAUGUGUGAGCAGAUGUCUCUCUCUCUUUCUCUCUCAUCAGUGUGCCCGCAUACUAGAGGAGUCUCAUGGGAAAUGACUGCUCUAUGUUUCUCCUUCCCAAUAGCAACUAACCCCAUUAGAGUCACACAUCAUAACACGUAAUGACCCGAAAGAACAGAAUCCAGAAUGCAGACCGCAGCAAAAGGCACAUAAAACCAUUGUGUAGGUUCUCAUCCCCCAAAGCACAAGCUGUCAGAAACAAGUAAAGAGAAUUAACCUGAAACAGCCUCAUAUUUAAGUCAGCUGACAAACCAAUUGCACAAGGUUAAAAUCAAAAUGUUAAAGGAAUAGCUCACCCAAAAAUAAGACCUGAAGAUCUUUUACUGUUUCCUGAACUUGCAUGACUUUAUUUCUUUUGCAAAAUACAAAAGAAUAUUUUAAAGAACUGUUUUUGUGCAUACAGUGGAAGUCAACUUGGUCCAAAACAACAUUUUAUGGAUUAAAAAAAUAAUAAUUAUUACUAUUUAGGGGAUCAAGCGCGUAAUUGUUAGAAUGGUCACAGAUCAGCAAUCUCCACAUGAAACUGAUCGUGCAGACCAAACCGUAAGUCAUAGAGACUUGAAACUUGGAGGAAUGGUAGUACUCUUGCCACCUACAAUGUGACCAAGGCUUGUCCCAAUCGGCCUGACGGGGGCACUACAGCGAACAAAAGAAUAAAAUUACCCAUAACUCCUAAACCACCAGUUGCAGGCUCAAGUGUCUUAUGUCAUUGGAAUCUUUGGCUCGUGGCAGACAAAACACAUGUCAUCAGAUUCAAUCGUGAGCCUGGAAAAUUUUUUGGGGAUUUCACAUUUUUGUAAAAACCUACUUUUGCGAACUAGUCCUAGUUUUUUCAUCUAAUCGGAACCAAAUCAGUGAAUUUCGCCAAAAAGUUUGAAAGGGUCACUUUUUUUUUUUUUUUGAGGGUCACUUUUAGUAAAAUGGCUAUAUCUGCGCAACCAUAUGUCCUUUCAACAUGGAAAUUGGUGUGCACAGUCUUGGUUCAAAGUGCCACACGUGUCUAUAAGGACAUUUUCAUAUCUAAAAAAACAUGUCCGCCAUUGGCUGACAAAUUGCAAGCACCCGUUAGACAAGGUAAACAGAGGCCGAUCAGAACGAAACUCAGUGGGCCUGUUCGACUCAUAGCCCCAAAGGUGUGAGAGAAAUUUGAAAGAAAUCUCCCACUGGGGGGUGAUAUCGCAUUUUUCAAAGGGUGUAAACGAUUAUACGUUGGAUGUUUUUUUCUGCACAUACGCGUGAUAUUCAUCAUAUGACAAAACUCCUCAUUAUGGACAACUUUGCCUCUACCAGUGCUGUCAAUCAAAUCGUUUGUUAAAUGAUUAAGAAGAUAAUAAAACCUACUUUUGUGAACUAGUCGUAAGUUUUUCACUCGAUCUGGAAAAAAAAAACACUGCAGUACAAUUCUCUGGACUCUCUAGGUCAAUAAUUAUGUUAAAAUAUACCCUGUGGGAGGCUAUAACGGGGUCAUUUAGAAAAGAGACCUGUCCAAAUUUACCCAAAAUCCUAUAAAGCCUAAAGGAAAACUCAAAACUUCACAAAACCUGCGAAGCACGUGUGACCAGUGAUUCUACACAAGCAUGCAAAGUUUUAAGGGGAUCGGACCACCGCUGGCACUAUAACAGUCAUAAAUGUUUUUUUAAAUAUUAUUGCUAUUAUUAUUAUUAUUAUUAUUAUUAUUAUGCAAGUAGUGAAUGUGAUAAUGUUUACAUGUACCAAAUACAGAAUCCCUUAGACAUAUAACACAUAUAACAAAAAAAGAGAGAAAAAAAUUAUAAUAGUCAGUAAAGAAUGUGACAAUAUUUAAAUGUGCCAGAUAUAGAUUGGACAAACAAACAUAUAUACUAAUAGCCAA